GGACGCCUUUCCGCACGAUCCGAUGGGGCGCUUCGAUGUUCGAAGCGCUAGCCCUAAUUAAAUGCGUCGUUCUGUCUUUUAGACCGACACGUGUUAUCAUCUAACCGGGACGCAGCGUUUUCUUCGCUGAUCCGGGCCGUUGGGGAGGUCUAUAUAAACUCUCCCCCGGCCCCCUGUCCUCUUUCUAUUGCCUUCUGCUUCCAGCUUCCUAUUCUCCCAGCCUUCCUCAGACCGAAGUCCCUUUUCUCCGGCAUCUUUCCCAGGUCCCCCUUCUUUUUGAUUUCCCUCUCUUGUAAUGGGUUCGUUGCCUAGCGAAGUAGUAUCCACCAUGAGUGUCCUGGAGGUCGAGAUGACCGAAGAGUGGUUUUUUCCUCUUCACGGGUUCCGUUUGGAACCCGCCAGGCGAAGGGAUCGGGUAACCGAUCCUCCGGUAGGCUGGAUCGGAGUGCACUCGGAGUCACUCUGGGCCGGCCUCCGAUUUCCUCUUCACAGCUUUGUGAAUGAGUUGCUGGCGGUAUGCCAGUUGGUUCCGGCGCAACUCACUCCAAACGCUUGGAGGACAGUGAUGGGUUUCCUGUCACUGUGUUUACUACAGGGGAUUCCUACCUCUGUCAACGUCUUCCGGCGACUUUUUAUUUUCAAGUCGAACUCGGGAGACGGGGAGUGGCUCUACAUCGCCCUCCGGGUGGGUCGGCCACUUUUUCAUGGUGCCCCCUCAUCCAUUCAUGGUUGGAAGGAGAAAUUCUUCUUCCUGGGUUCUGAACGGUCCUGGGGGUUUGACCCCAGGUGGAGGCCGGCCCAACUUAAAUCCAUCAACAGGCUCCCCCAGCUUUCUCCGCGUGAGCAGGAGAUCUUCGAUACCAUCCGCAGCCUUGGGGACGGGAUUUUGCUGAACGGCCUCAUUAGCGAGGACGCCCUGGUGAACGUGGGCUUGAGCUCGGCACGUCCUCAGGGUAAGGAUAGUUACAGCAACUUCUUAUUUCCUUAUUGUUCUAAUGUUCUAAUUUUGCUUAUCUUUGCAGACAUCGCAAAAAUGGUGACCAAGAGCGAAGUCCUUUACGCCCGCUUCCAGAAGAGGGCGGCCGAACUCUCAGGAGAACCGACCGAGCCGAGGAAGAAAGCAAAGACCUCGGCGAAGACCUCGACGACCACAACAGUUGAGGCGCGCGCUUCUCGCCCCGUGCGCCCUGAGGCUGGUCGGGGAGAGGGCGUGGGCUCUGGCGGAGCCACGAUGGCACUUCCGUGUCCGGUGCCGAUUUCGCAAGUCCCUGGUCGGCAAGAAGCUCCAAAUUCCGACCAGGGAGGGAGGACCUCAACAGAUCUGGCGCUCGCACGCCCCACCUCUACCACGCAGCGGUCCGGUCAGCCGUCUACUCGACCCCAAUUCCCCAGCUCUGAGCCGGGGAAUAGCCAAGAAGCAACGGGGUCGGCCGCACCCAGGCCAGCUGAGGCCGGUCUGGCGGGUUCUUCGGGUCCUCAGGAGCGGGUGCCUUACGCUCCUGGAUGGGCUUUUUUCGAGGGCGACUCGGCCCUCGAUAAUGCACAAGUGGCGCGCGAAGUUCUUCGGGUCGCGCUGCUCCCGGCCGACCAGGCCAAAAUUCGGUCCAUGAACUACGGCGAGUUCAUGGACUCCGCUAUUUGCUCUUCCAUCCGACGCCUCCACGAGACCGAGACGAUGAUUCACAUCAUCCAGGACUAUCGGGACCGGGCCCGAAGGCAUCAAAGGGGGCGCGAGGAGGCCGAAACAAAGUUCCUCGCGUCUGAGGCCGAGCAGAAAGUGCUUCAAGCGAAGCUAUGGGCGGCCGAAGACGAGGUUCGGACUCUGGUCGCCGAACUUGAAGAGGAGAAGGGCGCGCACUCUUUGACUAUGUCUGAAGUGCGCGCCGCGGAGGCCCGCCGGACGGAGGCCGAAUCGUCGCUCGCUAUACGCGAGCAGGAGGUGGGGGAGGCUCGAAUAAAGGUCCGAGAUCUCGAGAUCCGUCUACUUGACGUGCAAUCUCUGCUCGCCGGAUCGCGAGAGAGAAAUAAAGAUUUUGGAGCGGAAGGCCGCCUACCACGAGGCUCGAGAGAAGGAGGCCCGGGAGCAGGCCCAGGACGCCGUCAAGCUCUUCCGCGAAUCGGAAGAGUUUCGCGACUUGAUGGAAGAGGAAGGCGUCAAUGGUCUCAUCCAGGGCUUCCAGGACUUCCGCAAUCAGUUGCGGCGACUUCUCCCAGAUUUCGACCUUAGCCUGCUUCAACCAGGCGCUGGGGUCGAAAACCCAGAAGCGGAGGCGGAGGUAGAGGUUCCAACCUCUGGCGGGACCGACCAGGAGGGUCAAGCUGAAGAAGGCGAGAUCGCUCUCGAGGUCACCGAGGCAGCUCCCAAAGCCACCGUGGGGGCCUCGGCCGCAGAAGAGCCAACUGUUCCUGAAGUCGCCGGGCCUGAGCCCUUGGUGUAGUUUUCCCCUUUUUCCUAUCUUCUUUUUCUUUUUUGUAAGCCGGAGCGGCCUCUAUACUUUGUUAAGGCCGGGUCCGAGCUCUUGUACUAGGCCUCCGGGCUUUUUGAAAUGAAUAUUCAUUUGUGUGGAAACUCGUCUAUUGUAGUUUAAGUUUCUCUGCUCGGAUCUGUUUUAGGUUCCGAGGAUAUGGGCUCUAGGGCCUGAGCUUUUCCCGCCACAGGGUUUUGAGUUAGAGUUUGGCUUGCCGAGCUCCAUUGCUCGGUUCUUCGACUAAUGGUGUAGCAACGCUUGUGCUUAUACCAAGGGUUUGGGCUCGGAACGUUUUUCCGAGCCUAGUCCAGAAUUCGACUAAGCCCUAGGGCGGUCGUUAGGACUUGGGACUUCUUAAUGCGGCGAAUUUCGAAUCCGAGCCUCGGGUUGCCGGGGCGAACCGGAUUCUUUUCUUACAAAUGGACUGCAUACCCGUCAGCCCGUGACGGGGAUUCACCGGACUUGCAACAAUGUGUCGGUGUCAUGAGCAUCCAAUAAUGGGUAAUGUAAAAACCACUCCGUUUUUGGAGGGCGUCGACAGAGAAAUCCAUCGAUGAAGGAACGAGCCGAGCUCGUUGGUUGAAGCUGGUAAAGAAUGAGCCGAGCUCGUUUGGCCAAUAAAGACA